UUAGCCUCAAUCCAUCCCCCAUCUCCCUGGAGGUGUCUUCUGUUCCCUCCCUCUUCCUCCGCUUGUCUGUUCGGCUCAACACAGCCUGGAUCAGUGGCAGGUUUCUGAGGAGACACUACACAGCUCUGGGAUCCAGUUUGAAGUCAGUAUUAAUUUAGCUUCUUGUGUGAUGGAUAAGUGUUUGAUGACACUCCCAGUCCUGCUGCUGUUCCUGGGCCUGGUUGGGAUAUCCCGCUCCUGUCUGAAUCCUGUCUCUGCAUACAGAUUCACUGGGGCUGUCUGUAGGCUGACCUACUCUGCAGCAGUGGUCUUAAAUGAGAAGACCUCCAAGGUGAUCCAGGCUGAUCCAGGCUGUUCAAGCAUGAACAGCGAGAAGUCUAUUCUCUUUGCUGGAAAGGUUAAAUAUGGGCAUACCAAUCUGGAGAUCCAUAACCUGUCGAUUGGGCGGAGUGAGUUUGAGCUGAAGCAAGGUAAAGGCAUUGAGAUUGCUAUCUCCAAAGUGUCUGCUGUUUCCAAGGGAACCAUCCAGUAUGAAAAUGGCAGCUGGCUUGUCAACGUGGGACAUUCAGUAGAUUUUGAAAUUGAGUCACAUAUUGAUCUCGGCAUUAACCCUAAACUUUAUUGUGGAAAAGAGAAUGUUGCCGCAGACACCUCAGUCUGUUACCUUACCAUCCACAAGCUCAAUCUCCUGCUGCUGGGAGACAAAGAACCUGGCUGGCUGAAGAGGCUGUUUACAGACUUUAUCACCUUCACAGUGAAGUUGGUUAUUAAAAGCCAGAUCUGCAAGGAGAUCAAUAAUGUGGCAAACAUACUGGUUGACUUCAUACAAGAACGAGCAGAGCAAUUCCUUAGUGAUGGUGACAUCAGCAUGAAUAUUGGUGUAACAUCUGCCCCUGUCAUCACAUCACAGUACAUUGAAUCAUAUCACAAGUUGCAGUGUAUACCCCUUCAUUAUUUUUGUUUAGCAUCCAUUUAUAUGGUAGAUGAUGAUGCACAAUAUCAACUGUUAUUGUAUAUGUUAGGGUAUCUAUGUGCAGAGUUUUACCUGCUGUUCUGACUUCUUCUCAAUGUCCAGGGUCUGGCCAAAUACAACAAUGUGACAGCUGUCAUCAAUGCCUCUGUAUUCCACCCCAGCCAGCUGACAGAGGACCGCAUGCUUUACUUUUGGAUCUCUGAUGAGGUCUUCAACCCCUUAAUUACAGCUUCCCACCAAGAUGGACGUUUUGUCCUCAACAUCUCUGGCCUGGAGCUCACAGUAGGUGUCGACCUGACUAGUGGAAGUCACUCUAACAUGAUCCUGUGUGGCGCAGUUGGUAGAACAUGGCACUUGCCACGCCAGGGUUGUGGGUUUGAUUCCCACGGGGGACCGUUAUGAAAACGUAUAUACUCACAACUGUAAGUUGUUCUGGAUAAGAGCGACUGCUACUGACUUUAAUGUAGAAAGGCAUCCUUUAAGUAAUCAGGAGUUGUUGUUGGGGGUUAUGUUAUAUGUUAGAGACAGGGCAACUCACUGUAAUAGCGUGAUGAAGCAGCAAAAGCAAUGUUUCCAUCAGAUGUCUACAAUUAUGAUGUGGCAAGUAAACACUAUCUUACAUGGUGA